AUGCCUGUCGACUAUAGCAAAUGGGACGCGCUGGAGCUCAGCGAUGACUCCGAUAUCGAAGUCCACCCCAAUGUAGACAAGCGAUCCUUUAUCCGUGCCAAGCAAAACCAAAUCCACCAGGAACGACAGCAACGCAAGCUCCAGAUCGAAGCGUACAAAUACGAGCGGCUCAUCCACGAUGGCCUUCUGAAGCGCAUUUCGUCCCUGCUGUUGGCGCUGAGGACACAUGCUUCGGAGGCUGCUGGCAGAAACCCUGGCGAGAUUGCAUUCAAGGCUGUUAUGGAAACGGCCGGUGACCCCAAGGACGACCAGGUUCCUCCACGACCCGAAGGACUACACAGCGACGGCAAGGAGCCCAAAACAUACUCACAGAUGAUGGCUGCGCUGCUGGACGAAGUGAACAAGGCGCUUGACGCGAAGAAGCCCGAUGACCGGUAUCAGGCGAUGAUUACAGAGCUUCAAGGCCACGUGGACAAGAUUAACGAGAUGCAAAAGGAGCUUACGCCGAAACUCGAGAAGCUUCUCAAAGAGGAGGGAAAGAAAAUUACAAGCGCCGAUAUUCACACUGGAUUCGACAGUUCACACGUUGCGAAAGCAAAGCCGUCUGAGAAGAAGGGUGCGUCCACCGAGGUGGAGCUUUUGAACCCCAAUGCUUUAUCUUCAGACUCGCGGUCACCUGGCGACAAGGCGAAGAUUGAUGAGGAGGGAGAGGUCGAGGCUUCUCCCGCUGCCAAAAAGUUUGCCCAGAUUGACCCCAACGACUACACUGCCAGUCUGCAGUUCCUCUCACAAAAUCCACAGAUCUUGACGGAGAAGGAGACGGACGGCCUUUUGGUGCUGGCCUUUGAUGCAGCACUGGAAAAGAAAGAUGACUACUGUCGUCAAUGUGUCCACCAGGCUUUGUUAUUACAGUACUGCAGGCUGCUCGGGAAAGACGGGGUUAGACUAUUCUUCCAGAGAGUCACAACCAAGGGUCAUCAGGCGCAGACCGUCUUUUAUGAUGAUGUCCGAGACACAUACAUGCGCAUCAGGAAGCGGGCGCAGGAGAUUGUUGCACAGCGCGCCGAGGAACCCGAGGAAGGCGUUGAACAGAUUCAGCUGCAUGCCGUUGAGCCAGGGACCGUUAUUCAAAUCAAGGUGCCUUCAGCCGAGAGCCAGGACGCUGAUGAACAGCAUGCCCGUGAAAUCUUUGACGGAUUCAAGCCGGAGAUGAAGAAGGCGCUGGAGUCGGGGAAUCUGGAUGAAGUGAACAAGGUUCUAGGUCAGAUGAAGGUCGAAGAGGCUGAGGAGUUGGUUGCAUUGUUUGGAGAGGCCAAUAUCCUUAGUCUUGAGGAACAGAUUAUAGAUGCCACGACAGAGGAAGGCCAAAAACAGUUGAAGGAGCUGGAGGCGGCGGCCAAGGCGGAGGCGGAGGCAGAGGCCGCGGGACCUGUGGGGGACCCUGAAUGA